ACUUGUGGUCUCAGCCAAGAUGCCCUUGAUCAACUCUGCAAUCCCCCCAAGGAGCCAGCAAUCUUUUGUAAUGAUGAGGUUCUCAGAUCUGCAAUCAAGCUGUAUGUCAGCCCCAAUCACACAGAUGGCAACUAUGAAACAGUGCAAAAGGUCUUCCAGGAAGUUCCAGGGUUCAAUGAGUUCCCCAGCUUACACCAAAUCAAAUGGAUCACUGCUGAGCUUAGUGGGGUUGAGGCUGUCAUCUAUGAUAUGUGUGCAAAUUCCUGUGUGGAAUUUACUGUUGGAGAUAUU